CCAAAGCAAAAGCAAAACAAAGCAAAAGUCAAAUCGAACUGAGUGACGCUGAAAAUUGUUUAUCUGUAUCUUUGUGUGAGUGUAUUUGUAUCUUUGUAUCUGAAUUCACUUAGCAUGGCUCACAGCCAAACAGCUGACUGCUGAAAACGUAAUUGUCUGUACACGAAGUCUAUAAAAUCCAUUAAGUUGCAACUAUAUUUAGAGACAGCUCUCUAAUUAUUAUACAAUUAUCUAGAGGCCUAGGCAAAAGUUGUGAUUUAGAAGCACUUGAGAUUGGAAACAGUACUUUCUCUAAAGUUAGACAUUAUUAGUUUGAUUUCUAUUCCUUCAAUCAAGUAGAGUAUCUUGUUCUAGGCAGGUUCCACUGUGCCAUUCGUAAACAGUCAUUCCUCAGGUUGUCUGGCUUGUCAGGAGAUAGAUACGCUGACCUUUAAGCCCCUUUAAGCACCCCACAAACACACUUGCUUCUUCUGGCGCAUCGCGGGGCUUCGGCUUAGCAAUCAAUCAAUUUCCCUCAACCAACUUGCACCCAAAAGAUGUAAUGUUAAUUGGCAUUGGCCUGCACUGCAGUUUGUCGUCGGACUUAUCAAUCGAAACAUGCGACCAAACAAGCACUAAUGAAAACGCACUCGGCAAGGUAUUUUCAUGAAUGAAACAAUCAUUGAGAGCUGUGCGGGAAAUGGCUGAUUGAUCGACUGACCUACGAACUGAUCCAGGUCACUUGGGGGUUCAUCAUGAGCCUCCGCUGCUGAGAAGAAGAAGGCCCUAAUCAUGGAACUCAAGCUAACUCGUUGUAUUAGCUCCGAGAGUGGAGGAAUACAAAACUCCAGCUUUGAGACAACGGAUAUCCAUCGUAGGAGAUCCAGUGCCUUUGCCGAGGCCUAUGCGGAAAUGCUCCAAGAGCGCUCUUUACGCUCUCUGUCCAUGGUCCAGGCCAAGUUGACCAAAAAUGGUGGGGUUAGCUGCGCCCUCCAAGGGUCACACGAAAACUGCCUCAAGUCCCAGAACAAUCUCUGCAAUGGUGGCCUGGGCACUAAUGUCAUCAAUAAUCACGGUUUGGCCCCCAAAGUGGCCAAUAGUAGUGCCGCCGUUACUGCCACAGCCGCAGGCAGUCCAAAUGGCCAGAAAAAGGGCACCAUUGCUUUGUCCCAUCUGCCCCAGCGGCCGCCGGUGGACAUUGAGUUCUGUGAUAUCUCUUACUCGGUGGCCGAUGGACAUCGGCGGGGCUUCAAGACCAUCCUGAAGAGUGUUUCCGGCAAGUUUAGGAAUGGAGAGAUCACAGCCAUUAUGGGUCCCUCUGGUGCGGGAAAGAGCACUCUAAUGAAUAUCCUGGCUGGCUACAAAACUGCCCAGCUCAGUGGCUCGGUGCUCAUCAACAGCAAGGAGCGUAAUUUGCGACGCUUUCGGAAGCUCUCCUGCUACAUCAUGCAGGAUGAUGUCCUUAUUGGCAACCUCACCGUCAAGGAGGCCAUGAUGGUGGCCGCCAACCUUAAGCUGGGCAAGAACAUGAUCAGUUACGCCAAAGUGGUGGUGGUGGAGGAGAUCCUCGAGACCAUAGGCCUAAAGGAGUCGGUUAAUACUCUAACCUGCAACCUGUCGGGUGGUCAAAGGAAACGCCUCUCGAUCGCCCUGGAGCUAGUGAAUAAUCCACCCGUUAUGUUCUUCGAUGAGCCCACCUCCGGCCUGGACAGUUCCACCUGUUUCCAGCUCAUCUCGCUGCUGAGAUCACUGGCCAGGGGAGGACGCACCAUUGUCUGCACCAUCCAUCAGCCGUCGGCGCGUCUCUUUGAGAAAUUCGACCACCUGUACUUGCUGGCCCAGGGUCAGUGUGUCUACGAGGGACGAGUGAGGGGUCUAGUGCCAUAUCUAUCGUCCCUGGGCUACGAGUGCCCCUCGUAUCACAAUCCCGCUGACUAUGUCCUGGAGGUGGCAUCCGGGGAGUACGGCGAUGCGGUGCCAAAGCUAGUUCAAGCUGUGAAAAGUGGAGCCUGCAAAAAGUAUGCGCACAAGGACUAUGUCCGAACGUUGGCCCCGAAGAAGUCCAAUCAAAACGAGGUGAUCAAGGCUGAGAGCGGAGCCACUGCGACGACUGCCACCCUCACCCUGGAGGAUGAGAAACCGCCGCUGGAGGAGAGGGAAGGAGGACAAUUGGAACCCCCAACGGUUGGAGAUGAUCCCGCAGAGCUGAAACCACCGAAACUGGAGUCGCAGCAGUCCCAGAACUCGGACUGCAGUGUCGUCAACAUGCCCACAACAGCCCUGGAUGAUAGCUGUAGCUUCAGUUCCUCGAAGGGCACACACAAUGCGGUAGGAUCGGGUCCAAGUGCCGUGGUGGGAUGCAUGACCUCCCUGCUGGAUUCACACGAGAGUGUGGUCACGUUGCCCAAUAAGACGGGUUUUCCCACCAGCGGCUGGACGCAGUUCUGGAUUCUGCUCAAGCGAUCCUUUCGCACCAUUCUCCGCGACCGAAUGCUCACCCACAUGCGUCUCUUUUCGCACAUCAUUGUGGGUGCCAUCAUUGGGAUGAUUUACUAUGAUGUAGGGAACGAGGCCAGCAAGAUUAUGAGCAAUGCAGGAUGCAUCUUCUUUGUCUCACUGUUUACCACCUUUACGGCCAUGAUGCCCACCAUUUUGACUUUUCCCACAGAGAUGUCGGUGUUUGUGAGGGAACAUCUCAAUUACUGGUACUCCCUGAAGGCCUUUUACUUUGCCAAGACAUUGGCGGACAUGCCAUUUCAGAUUGUCUUCUCCAGCGUCUAUGUCCUGGUGGUUUACUAUCUCACCUCCCAGCCCAUGGAAUUGGAGCGCGUCUCAAUGUUUGUGCUCAUUUGUGUGCUUAACUCCCUGGUGGCGCAGUCAUUGGGUCUCCUAAUUGGAGCGGGAAUGAAUAUUGAGACGGGUGUGUUCCUUGGUCCCGUGACAACGAUACCCACGAUAUUGUUCUCCGGUUUCUUUGUGAACUUUGACACCAUACCGGGAUACCUGCAGUGGGUGACGUACGUGAGUUAUGUACGUUACGGCUUCGAGGGUGCCAUGGUGGCCAUUUAUGGCAUGGAUCGUGCCAAAAUGCAGUGCAAUCAAAUGUAUUGCCACUAUCGGGUGCCCAAGAAGUUCCUCGAAGAAAUGUCUAUGGAUAAUGCUCUAUUUUGGGUAGAUGCCGUCGCCCUCAUUGGCAUCUUCUUUGCCCUGCGAAUCGUUGCCUAUUUUGUGCUACGAUGGAAGCUGCACAUGAUUCGUUAAGCGAUCGAGAGAACUUGUUCAUAGCCCUAGGUUAUAAUCAUUAUUUAGACAUCACCUGUACAUACAAUUUAUAGGGAAGGGAAAGGGAAAGGCGCCAGGAGAAGAAGAAGAAAUUGGACUGUAGCUAGGCAUAGCUUUCUACCGCAUUCUUCAUUCAAUUAAAUUUCUCCCAGACAGAAGGCAGACAAAAGAAGCAUUCAACGUUUCUAAAAAUAUAUAGAGACCCAACUAUAUAUAUACAAAAUACGGAAUUUAUACACACUCAUAAAAAAAAUAUAUAUAUAUAAAUAGGAAUGCCCCAUCAUACACUUACUUAAACUUACACACCGAGGUAUAUAAAUUCUUGUGACCAAGCA